AUGACGGUUGACUUAAUUACAGGUCAACAGGGUAUUACCUUGGCGGAAGGCAAUGAAUUGUUGAGAUCUUCUAAGAAGGGUAAAUUGCCAAUUGUUGACUCUAAAGGUAACUUAAUUUCUCUUAUUUCUUUGACAGAUUUGCAAAAGAACCAAUCAUACCCAGAUGCAUCCAAAUCAUUCCAUUCGAAACAAUUAUUAUGCGGUGCUUCAAUUGGGACUCUUGAUGCUGAUAGAAAAAGAUUGGAUAAAUUGGUCGAAGCUGGUUUAGAUGUAGUCGUUGUGGACUCAUCUAAUGGAUCUUCCAUUUUUCAACUAAACAUGAUUAAAUGGAUAAAAGAGACGUACCCAGAUUUACAAAUCAUUGCUGGUAACGUGGUCACAAGAGAGCAAACAGCACUUCUCAUUGAGGCAGGUGCUGACGCCUUAAGAAUUGGAAUGGGCUCGGGUUCGAUUUGUAUUACUCAAGAAGUUAUGGCUUGCGGUAGGCCCCAAGGUACUGCUGUUUACAACGUAACUGAAUUUGCAAAUCAGUUUGGUGUUCCAUGUAUCGCUGAUGGUGGUAUUGGUAACAUUGGCCACAUUACUAAGGCCUUGUCUUUAGGUGCUUCAUGUGUUAUGAUGGGAGGCUUAUUAGCAGGUACUGCUGAGACCCCAGGUGAUUACUUUUACCGUGAUGGAAAGAGAUUGAAGAGUUACAGAGGAAUGGGUUCAAUAGAUGCUAUGAAGAAAACUUCUACCAGUGCGAACGCCUCCACCUCAAGGUAUUUUUCUGAGACAGAUAAUGUCUUAGUUGCGCAAGGUGUUUCCGGAUCUGUGGUAGAUAAGGGUUCCAUCGUGAAAUUUAUUCCUUAUUUGUUCAAUGGUUUGCAGCAUUCAUUACAGGACAUUGGUGUUCAAUCUUUGGGAGAGUUGAGAACCAAAGUCGACAACGGUGAAGUUAGGUUUGAAUUCAGAACUGCCUCUGCUCAAUUCGAGGGAGGAGUUCAUGGAUUACAUUCAUAUGAAAAGAGAUUACAUGAUUAA